AUGUGUCCAAUGAUUAGUUUAUUUGAAAAAUAUUGGGAGCAAGAUGUAAUACUGGGUACACUUAUUACAGUAGAUACUCAUAUUGUCUAUAUGGAUGCUGCACGUCAUAUACCACGAAAUAUAAAUGCUGCACGUCAAGUUAUUCGUCAUAUGGAUUAUACACCUACAAAACAUACACUUAUAGCUACUCUUAUAUAUCGUAAGUUCCUUCGUCUUCUGACUGGAGCUAUUGCUGGUAUAGCCGUUUCUGCUUUAAUUGGUGUGGGAAUAUUAAUUGCUUUAAUCAUUUGUUGUACCUGUUCAAAAAAGCGUCAUGGACAAAUUAUUCGAACUGGAGGAAAUACUGGACCGAAUGUAACAGUUGUUAGCAGCAGUAUGAUGCAACAAGGUGGAAUGCAACCAGCCUACAACUAUAAUAACUACAACAAUCAGAUGAGAGGUCCUGGAUUUUACCCUCAACCACAACCAGGACAACCAAUACAACAACCAAUACAACCACACAAUACCACACAACCACCGUCCUAUUCUCAAAUAGGUCAAUAUCCUACCAGCAAUCAGUCGUAUGAUCCUCCCCCAAACCAAGGAGCCUCGGCCCCACCCCCAUACCAAUACACCAAUCCUGCGGGUCCACAAUAUCCUGCUUCAAAUCCAUCAAAUCUCAUCAACGUUUCUCCUUAUCAAAAUUAA